ACCAAACCAUGCUCCGUCUUAUAUUUCCUUUGCUUUUCGAUUGAAGAAGGGAAAGAGAAGAAAGAAAAAAGGCUGAAAAAAAAUGGAAGAGAGCCCAAGCACGAUGGAAUCGAUAAGGAAAUGGGUCAUAGAUCACAAGCUUCGGACUGUUGGUUGUUUGUGGUUAAGCGGAAUAGGGAGCUCAGUUGCGUACAAUUGGUCUCGGCCGAACAUGAAACCCAGCGUUAAGAUCAUCCAUGCAAGGUUACAUGCUCAGGCUCUCACUCUGGCUGCCUUGGCCGGAGCAGCAUUGGUUGAGUACUAUGACCAUCGGACAGGAUCAGGAUCCAAGGUGAACCAAUACACCAAACAGAUCUUCACGAUGGAUACGCACCCACAGAAAGAUUAAAGUCAGAAGAAGCAACUGCCUGCCUCCGUUGUUCCAAAGCCAGAUGUUUUUAUUUUGCAUGUAAAACGUAUGUACAAGGAGAAUAAGUUUUGGGAUUAGGCUGAUCUUUGGGGUCCGAAUCCUUCUUCUCAUAUCAAUGAAAUGAGGUGGAUUUCCAAUUAUUUUUAUGAAAAAGAAAACUAGGGGAGGUUAGUUCUUCCUGCUAUAAUCUUUUUGUUAAUUA